CAUUCCCUCUCUCCCUCUCUUCUCCAACCACAAACCUCCCAACUCCCACAAAACAACCCUAACCCAAAAACCUCCCAAUAUGCCAACCGUGCACUCAACUCCAUACCGCCACAUGGACAACCCAUCUCUCCUCUCCCUCCUCCACCACACCACCACCACCACCACAACUACUGCCGCCGCCACCGAUAACCAACACCGCAAGAGACUCAAAAAGCAUUCUUCCACCGGCGGCGGCCUUCUCCGCAUGUUCAAGCUCUUCCCAAUGCUAACAACAGGCUGCAAGAUGAUCACCCUCUUAGCCACCGGCCGCCACCGGAAACCCCUCCUGACCGACAACGCCACCACCGGAACCCUAUUCGGGUACCGGAAAGGCAAGAUAAUCCUCACCAUCCAGGAAGACCCCCACCGGCUCCCCGUCUUCGUCAUAGAACUCCCUCUACCAACCACCGUAUUCCACAAAGAAAUGGCUUCCGACGUCGUCAGAAUCGCGCUGGAGAGCGACACCAAGACCCAAAAGAAGAAACUACUGGAGGAGUUUGUUUGGGGGGUGUUUUGCAAUGGGAGGAAAGUUGGGUACUCGAUUAGGAGGAUGGAAAUGGGGGAGGAGGAGAUGCAUGUUAUAAAGCUGUUGAGAGGGGUGUCGAUGGGCGCCGGAGUUCUGCCUGCGCCGCCGUCGGAGAAGCCGGCGGCGGCCGCCGACGGGGAGUUGACUUAUAUAAGGGCCAGGUUUGAAAGGGUGGUGGGGUCUAAGGAUUCUGAGUCGUUGUAUAUGAUUAAUCCUGAUGGUGGAGCUGGGCCUGAGUUGAGCAUUUUCUUUCUCAGAGUGCAUUAGGAUCUUCUUCUUCUUUUUUCUUUUCUCUGAUAUCAUUAUAGUUAGAUACAUCUUUUCUAUAAUUUUGUUUUUGUUUUUGUUUUUUGUUGAAAAAAAAAAACUGAAAUAAAGAGAUUGGAGUACUCGUGGAGAA